CUCUCUCUCUACGACAGCCGAUCUCCGCCCAGCACCACCUUCUUGGAGCCUGUAGUCUCUCUCUCUCUCUCUCUCUCUCUCUCGUUUUCGUGUCGCUCCUUCAACUCGAAUUUGGGGCUUCGAAUCUGGAGGCUUUUGAAUCUGUGUGCAAUUCGAGCCUGUAGAUCGUUGAUGAUGAACCCUUGAGAGCUCCCGGGGGGGAUCUUCUGUGGAGUCAUCUGCAGCGAGCGCGUCUGGGAAUGGCUAAAUUCAGGGAUCGGACUGAUGAUUUUAAGGAUGCAGUUCGUCAUACUGCCGUGUCUUUGGGUUACAAUGAGUCCAAAUUGGCUGCUAUUAUGGCGUCUUUUAUAAUUCACAAGCCUCGGGAAAGAACAUCUUUCACCAAAGCUGCACUAAAAACGCUCGAGAGUAUUGGAGCUUUGGAACAGUUUAUGAGGAAGCAUAGAAAGGAUUAUGUGGACCCACACCGCACUACUGAACAGGAGAGGGAUAGCAUCGAACAUGAAGUGACUGCUUUUAUCAAAGCUUGCAAAGAACAGAUUGAUAUCCUCCAAAGGAGCGUAACUGAAGAGGAAACUAAGUCGAGGGGAUGGCUUGGCCUUAAGGCUGAUGUUUUGAAUGCUGAUACUUUAGCACACAAACAGGGAGUGGUAUUGAUUUUAAGCGAGAAGCUCCAGUCAGUCGCGGCACAGUUCGAUCAGCUAAGAGCAUUACGCUUUCAGGAUGCUAUCAGUAAGGUGAUACCAAGAAGAAAACUUAAUAGGGCCGCAACUUCAAAAUCUAUCAGUGAAAAUUCAAAAUCAGAUAGCAUAGAGCUUAGGGAGCCGGAGGAACUUAAACAAGAGCAACUCCGAGUGCAGCAACAGCAUUUGGAUGAUGAGACACGGGCCCUUCAGGUAGAGUUGACUGGCCUACUUGAUGCAGUCCAAGAAACAGAGACAAAGAUGGUGGAAAUGUCGGCAUUGAAUCACCUUAUGUCUACACAUGUUUUGCAGCAAGCCCAACAGAUAGAGCAUCUUUAUGAACAGGCAGUAGAAGCUACAAAGAAUGUGGAGUUCGGAAACAAAGAACUGUCCCAAGCUAUCGAGCGAAAUAGCAGUAGCAGGACCUUCCUUUUGCUUUUCCUUUUUGUAAUGACCUUUUCGAUAAUCUUCCUCGACUGGUACAGUUGAAAAAAUCAAAGCCGAUAACAUCGCAUACAGAAAAAAAUAUUGCACGUUGAUUGUAGCAUUCGAGUGCGUGUGAAUUAUCGGAAGAAAUAUGGAAAACUAAAAGAAAUUUGUUGCCUUGGGCUCAGUUUUCAUUUC